AGCCCGUCGACUUAGGUCGAAACGGCUAGUCGGGUCGUGUCUGGUCUCGGGUCUAGCCUAGGCAAAAAGAGAGACGGCAGAAACUGACAGAAGAGAUGGCAAGACGCGCCCAAGACAACUGAAUGGAAAAGUGCGGGAUGCCGAGUUAUCGCUGGGAUCGGUGGAUCGUUGUGCUCCAAUGAGGUGGAUGACAGGACUGGAAGGUGCAACGCGCGAAUGGUGCACGAUGACAGCGAUGUCGACCACGGCUCGCGUCUCUGGUCGCAGAACGGCCCAGCUGCGAUUGACUCGAUCACGAUGUUGUCUCUCCAGGGAAGGACAAGGAGCAGGCGCAAGUACGGUACGGUGGAGAGUAUCUAGAAAACUGAUUAAGCCGUUUUGGGAUGGACAGAGCUUCGGCCCAGCCAACCAGGGAGGAUGCCGGCAUGAACAGACUGCAGACAGCAAUUUUAGCGCAAUGGGCCCUUUUGCGCCUCUUUCGCGAGGGUUUGCGCUCAAGGGCCUCCCCUCUGGGAAACCCCCAAGGCUCGAACCCAUUGACAAUGGGCCCCGCGUUGCUCAGAGCUUAAAAUCCCCUGACAGGGAGCUUUCUAGGGUAAGGCAUCGACAAGUCCCGCGAUGGCCUCUGGACCUAGGCGGUUGGAGCUUGGAAGGCGCCCCGAGGAAGAGCUGGUAUUCCGUGCUAGUACGAAUACACUGCCUCCAGGUGGUCCUUGGCGGAAACGGGCAGAAGCCAGUGAGUGGCACACGUCCCAACUCCCAUCACACCGGGGAAGCCUCCUAAAAGGCGACCCAGCGGCGUAGAGGGUUGGAUCCCUUGGCCGUGGAAACCCUAGUCUAGAUAUGCGAAUGCUGCGUCGCGUCUUCUUUUGCAGACGCUUGCAGUCUUCACAUGCUCCGG